AACGAACUCGUCUCUCUCGUGUAAAUUUAUUCCAUAAAAAAAUUUAUAUUUUUAUUCCGCAGUUAUGAAAAAUACUUACUGUUGAUGCAUGCAUCGAAUAAUCUUGGGUUAUUCAAUCAAAAAAUGAAAAAAGCCAAUUAUUACAUGUCAUUUAUGAAAAAAUACAUUUUUUUCAUAAUUCUUUUAGCAAGUUUCGAUACGAGUUGUGGUCAGUGUCUUGUAUUCCACAACAAAGAUCGAAAACUCAUUGCUGACGUGCGUGGUCACAUUUAUCGACGAGAUCUAUGUGAAUUAACGGAAUCAAAGAAGUCGUUGAGUCGUCAUUAUGUUCUAGCAGUUAUUUUCUCAACUGUUCUUACAAGAACUUGAUCAGUAGGAUUGCAUCAUUCGCCACUGAGUAUAUUGAUUGCUAAAACACGUGAUCACUCCUUGCAGUGAAAAAUAUAAAAAGUAAAGAAACCUGAAACACGAAAUAUAAUCUUCAAGUCAACAUUGACCCACAGAUAAAAUGAUUUCGCAUCGGUUUACGGCGUGUGCGAACGAGCCGGAAUAUUUAGGACACUCUACAGAAAUAGAAGCAAACAAGCAAUACAUCACUCGAGUUACAUGGAUUACAUGGAUUUUGCAUAAUUGGUCUCUGCUGUAUGACGAGACAUAUUCUCAAGGAUUGUUAUCUGAUUCCUUCUCUCUUGAGGGAAUGGAUGAGUGUACUUGCCAGUUGUCCUUCAAAUCGAAGAAUCGCAAAAAUGUUCUAGCUAUUGAGUUUUCAGAUUCUUCACAUUUUUUGGCAAUGAAUAUUCAGAUUUUUAUCAAUGGACGAGAAAAAUUUGAGAGUAGUUAUUUGCAACCAGUUCCAAAGAUUAUAUAUCCCCCAGGGCUUGAGAUAUCACCUGGACAAAAAAAAAAUAUUCAUCUUUUUGAAGACAAAUUAUUUUUUCAUAGAGAUGCAACGAACAAAAUCACAGGGAGGUUUUCUAUCUCCAAAAUUCCCAAAUUUCAAAUCUUGCCCCAUCAAAUAUCGACAAUGGAAGUUAUACGGAGCAUGAAAGCUUUAUAUGAGAAAAAGACACUGAGCGAUGUAACUUUCGUCAUCGAUGAUAAAGAAUUACCUGCUCAUAAAGCUGUCCUCGCGGUACGGAGCGAAGUUUUUGAAGCAAUGUUUUUAAGCGAAAUGAAAGAGAAAGAUACGAGCAGAGUCGAAAUUGUUGACGCAAAAGCUGAAAUCUUUGAGGAAUUUCUCAAGUAUUUGUACACUGGGGAAUUGAAUGAUUUGAAAAAUAAGGUUGGAGAAAUGUUGUUUUUGGCAGACAAAUAUCAGGUUUGCAAGUUGAAAGAAAUGUGUGAAAAUUGUAUGUUGAGAGACGUCUGUGAAAAAAAUGUUGCACAGUACCUUCUCUUUGCGGAUAAGCAUUGUUGCGUCACAUUGAAGAAAAAAGCUCUUGACAUUCUUCAAAAUAGUGUCGAUGCUAUGAGACGAGUAAUUAUGAGUGAAAAUCCCGAAGCUUUAAAGAUUUUGAAAGAGGCGAUCGCCAAAGACAGUUUUCUCAAGGAGUAAAUUCUCAAUGGAAACGACUGAAUACAUUUUUUUCUUUAUUUUAUAAUUGAAAACAAAAAAUAUGCGCUGCAAAUUUGAAAAAAGACGCAUAAUAAAAAUGAGGGAUGCUUCCCACGAGAAAUGCGUGUAUCUAUUUCUGGAAACGCGAAAUUAUCGUCGCAUUCCAUUUUUUUUAAUGAUUCCAACAGUACUGUAUUUUUUUUUCUUUUUUCAUUUUUAUAGCUGUGCGGUUCAUUGUAUAUGAGAUAAAAACCGUAUAAGAAAGCUUCUAUUCGAAUGAGACUUGACUGUUUUUGCACCUUUUUAUUUUAUUUUUUAUUCACUUUAUUUUUUUUCAUCGAUCUAUGUGCUGUAGUCUAAUUUUGAUCACUCUAAUGUAUUAAAUUGAGUAAGCUAAAGCGAAACGAAUAAUAAUAGCCUAAGUUUAUUUCUCAUUGCCAGCUGUAUGUUCCGAUAAAUGAUACACCUUAUUUUACAGAUAAUUUUUAAUAAAAUAUUGCAAGAAUGUAAUCUUUUUUUGUUAAGGUGUCCAUGUAUAUAUAAGUACAAGCAAUUGGACCAUGUUCUAACUUGAUGUAUUGUGAAAAAAACAAUUUCAACCAUGCUUGUCUGAAGAGCAACAGAAUCCUGUAGAAAACAAAAAAAUAUUUGUGAUCCUGUUGAAUAAACUUAAGAAAUGUU